AACCGAGCAGAUCAAACCGAUUCCCCCCGAGAGAUGCGACUUUCCCCCACCAGCACACUGGGCCUGGGCCUGGGCCUCCUCCUCGUUCUCGUCAUGCACACCUCGCCCCUGCGAGCAGCUCCCGUGGAGUAUGUGUACACGGGCGAUGAGGGUUGUGACUGCCCCACCCAGUUGGGUUACCAACUGAACGUUCCCACCCCCAAGCCCAAGAAGUACCCAAACAGUGACUACGGGUAUCGUGUGGAGAAACCCGUUCAGACCAAGGCCAAGAUCAGUUACAGCUUUGACUUUACCGUGGAGCAACCCCGGACACCUGCUCCACCUAAGACCAAUCCUGCCAAGCUGUACGCCAAGGUGGACAGGGUCACCAUCAACAAGGGCGAUUGCCAGGCCAAGAACAAGUCAUCGUGCAGCUGCUCGAGCUGUUCCAGCCAAAAGUCCAGGUACGUAGCUCCUCCGGUCCGAUCCCCGAAUGCGAUACGUCGGCGUAGGGAUAUCCGGCCCCCUGGUUCCCUCCUCCGCCGGCGGCUCAUGCGUCAGCAGCAGCUCCAGGAGCGUCCGGCACGCUAUGUCAAGUUGUAUCACAAGGAUCUGGCUGCCCAACAGCAGCAGCAGCAGCAGCAGAAGAAGCUCAGCUUUUUUGGCCUCCUGCCCGUGGAGUCCCCAACCGAGGCUAUAAAGUCCAAACGGAAGACUAAGAAGACGACGUCCACCUGGAUGGGACUGGGUCAUCGCCUCCGGAAGCGUGACAUCAAGGGAGAGUUUGAUCUCAUAGAACAGGAUCGGGCGCGUAUUGAUCUCACUGCCCCCGAGAUAAUCCAGUUCAUGCCGGAAACUUUGAAUCCGGAUUUCAAGCCAGGACAGUGCCAGAUGGGUUGCGGAGCAAUGACUGCACUGGCACCGCCUCCAGAUCCACAGCCACUGCCAGAGCCAUCGAUUCCAACCGAAGUGCCAGUGGAGGAGACCACACCCACCGAGGAACCGCUUGAGGAACAGCAGCCCAACUCUAUUCCGGCCAAGAGGGCAGCCUCCUUUGGCUACUAUCCCCUGCUCCAGAUUCCAUCCCCCUUGCUUCAUCCCAAUGGACGAGAGACGGACUACAAAUUUGUUGACGACUCACAUCUAAGAACGCUGCUGUCCACCACCUCAGUGCCGGAUCCGUUGGAGCACAGCUCUACGCCUCUGCAGUUUGCCGGAGAUCUGGAAGCGGUGACCCGGCGCUCAUACGGAGGAUCUCCACUCCUAGGGCUAGGACAUGGCAGCGGCAAUGGGUAUCCCGUGGAGCAUGUAUCGGACGCACAGCUGGACAGCAUAAUCUCCGGCAUUGUGUAUAGCCAUCCGGGUUAUAGCUACAGCACCUCGGAGAGGGGAGGCAGCCUGGUGGAUCCGGAGCCAGUGCAGAAACAGCAGACAACAGACUUUCUCAAGAAACUCAUCGAUGGUCGUCUGGGCGGAUGGGGUUUUGACUCGGCCACAGAGCCGGAUCAUGCCCUCCGUGCGGAGUACUCCACAAGGCCGGCCAAGACUUAUGGCUAUAAUAGUCACACCCAGAAUGGUUACCGUAUAGAUACUUACAAUGCACCGCCCAUUACGGAUUACCUGAGGGCCUGGUUCUAAACCAGAGCAGCCUACCAUGACCCCUAGAUGUAGUAAACUUAAGUUAGAAAAACCAAAAAAACCAAAAGCCCAAAGAACA